AUGUUAUUAGCCGUAUAUCCGCUUUUAUUAUCAAUAUUUUUUAACUUCUCGAAGGGAUUACUUAUCCCAGAAUUUAUCCUCGAGGGCGUUUCAGGUAUUAGUAUCAACAACAUUCAUAACGAAAAUGACCAUCCUCCAUUAGUUAAUGUGCCAGUCAAGAUAGAUUUGAAACCUGAUUCGUUGGAUACUUUGACUAACAAAUACAUCGUUGUGUUCAAGGAAUCAGCUUCGAAGUCACAGAUUGAGUCUCAUAUAAAUUCAAUGAAUCAAUUAGUUUCUGAAUCAUUGGUACAAAUGGGUAUAAUGGGAAAUUCAGUUAAUUUAAAUACUUACGAGUUAGAUGGACGUAUAUUUGGUUACUCGGUUUAUCUUCCAGAUAUCAAACUUUUGUAUUCAAUUGUUUCAUUUCUUUCGAUUGUUGCUUCUAUUGAAGCAGAUACUAUUGUAAGACAAAAUAAGGUUAUAGUACAGGAAGAGUCCACUUGGGGUUUGGCCAGAAUAUCACAAAGAGAUCGAAUCUUUCCUUGGAAUGAUUUAUCAUUCACGUUUCAUACAGGUAGUCAAGAUAAUGAUGUUAAUGUAUAUAUUAUUGACACCGGAAUUCAAACAUCACAUAUAGAUUUUGAAGGGAGGGCUAGUUGGGGUAUGACUGCAAUUUCUGAUGCUAACGAUGAAGAUAUGAAUGGCCAUGGGACUCAUUGUGCCGGAAUUAUCGGUUCAAAGACAUAUGGGGUUGCAAAAGAUUCUAAAUUAAUUGCUGUUAAAGUCUUGGAUAGUGCUGGAAAUGGUGAAAUGUCAGAUGUUUUGAAAGGUAUUGAAUUUGUCGUGGAAGACCAUUUAAGACAAAUAGAAGGUAAUAAGAAAUUAAAGGGUUCUGUCGUUAACAUGUCAAUGGGUGCUGGAAAAUCAUUUGCAUUAACUGGUAUGAUUAAUGCAGCUGUCAAGAAGGGUAUCCAUUUUGUCGUAGCUGCAGGAAAUGAAGAUCAGGAUGCCUGUUAUGCAUCGCCUUCUGAUUCGAAAGAGGCAAUUACUGUUGGUGCAACAACCACCAGUGACCAAAGAGCUUUCUUCUCUAAUUGGGGGGAAUGUGUUGAUAUUUUUGCACCAGGUACAUCAAUUCCAUCAACAUAUAUUGGUGGAACUAAUAAUGCAACAGAGAUAAUUAGUGGAACCUCGAUGUCAGCCCCACAUGUUGCCGGGUUAGUCGCCUAUUUCUUAAAUUUACAACCUGAACAAGAAAGUAGUUUCUAUACCUCGAUAUCUCCAAAUCAAUUGAAAGAAAAAAUAGUCAAGUUUGGUACAAAAGAUAAGUUGUAUGAUCCUGGUGAGAAUUCACCUAAUGUGAUUGCUUAUAAUGGGGGUGCCAAAGAUCUAAAAGAUUUCUGGAUUAAUUGA